AUGUUCACCAGGUUCGACCAAGGCAAGUCAACAAAGGGCGCGAGCAAGCUCCGGCGCGACCUAAUAAACGCAGAGAUAGCCAAUCUCCGAGACCUUCUGCCGCUGCCACCAUCGACCAGACAGAGGCUCUCACAACUCCAGCUCAUGGCGCUCGUCUGUGUCUACGUCAGGAAGUCCAAUUACUUCCAACAAGUUUUCAAACGCUUUGACAUCAACCAACAACCUUCAACUACCCUCAACUUUGGAUUUUCUAAGGCACUAAACGGAUUUCUCAUGAUGAUGACGCAGAAUGGCAAGCUCUUAUACAUAUCGGAUAACGCGGCUGAAUAUCUCGGACAUUCUAUGGAGGACCUCCUCAUCCACGGUGACAGUGUGUACGACGUGAUAGACAAACAGGACCAGCAGGCUGUUAGAUCGGAGUUGUCUCGGGCACCAACCGACGGAGAAGAUAGAGUGUUCCUUUGUCGCAUGAACGUAGCGAGAAAUGCUAGACGUCAGAUGCGGUUCGGUGAUCAAAAAGUGAUACUAGUGCGCGGUCACUACGUAUCGUACCUCCCUCUGUGCAGUCGUAACGAACCGGUGUUCCUAUGCAUGUGCACUCCCCUUGCUAUGCCCGAGACACGCGAAUGUGUCGUGCAUGGCGCUACCAAUGUCUUUACUACUGUACACGCCAUGGACAUGAAGAUUCUACACAUUGACAGCAAUAGCGAAUGGCAUCUGGGGUGGGAGCGGAGCUCACUACAUGGUGUCAGCUGGUACCAUCUACUUCAUCCCGACUGUUGCAAGGAGGCGCAAAGCAAGCAUCGACUAAUAACCCAGUCAGAACAAGAACGUUCCUGCAUCGCGUUAUUGCGACUGCAGCGACGCUCGGGCCAGUUUCUUUGGGUACAUGCCGUGCUGCAGCUGAAGGACAACCUGGAGAACUCACAACGACCUGUCAUCGUAUGCACUAACCAAGUAUUAAGUGAACAAGAAGCUACUGUGAUGAAAGCCAAUCCUUGGCUUUACCAUUACUACGCAGUUCAGUCCAAGCUACAUUACGGUCUAGCAUACGAAGCAGCGACGAGGAUGUAUGGGCCGCCACCACCGGACAUCCAAGUCUACCCACCAACGAUGCAGUAUCCAUCUACACCACCUGUCUGCAUCAAUGGGAACCAGCCCGUCAUGAUGCCAAAACCCGGAGCAGAUACCGGGCCCGUGGACUACUCAGUCUCACUGCAAGAAAACAGAUACCACAAUAUACGGCUAGAGGAUACGAGGAUCCAGCCUAAUGCUAAACGGAAAGGAAAAAAUGUUGAUGAAAAAUCAAAUACACCAGUUCCAAAUAUGUCUCCUCGCUGCACACCUUCAACAGUUACAUCAGGCGGAGAAACACUAGUAGCAGUUUCAGCAGGGUCAAUUGCAAGUAGGAGGCCAGGAUCGAAGAACUUCAAUAUAACAGAAACAGAGAUGGUUGAUCAGUGGAACCCAAGUCCCACGUGGUCGGAAUCAGCUUUACAAAAGGUUCCAGACGUUUGUCACCAGGACUUAAGUCCUUACGUGACAACAACACCUCCCACUCCAUCUGGAACACCCACAGCCUAUACACAUAAUAAUUACAGUCAUACGUUCGUAUUUGAUUGGUCUCCAGAACAAUAUGUUCCUCAUACUAAUAAUAGAUGUAACACUAUAACUACAGAAAGUUCCUAUCAACAGACAUGGAAUAGGAGUCAAAGGACAACGUUCGCAAAUAAUGCGGAUAAUUCCAUAGAUGAGAACUCCAAUCCUAAUAGAAUAAGUUUACCAAUGAGGGUCAGUAUUCCACCGCCAGCGUAUAAUGCAUCUAGAGAGGAUACGCUUAGAAGGCAAAUUGAACAUCCACAUCCAGAUUCGCCGGAUGCCAAAAAGCCUGCAUUAUAA